AUGUCACCCCUGGAAACACCGCCGUCUCCCGCACGCUUCCCCCACCACGCAGCCGCCGGUAGCCGCCGGUAUCGCUCCAAGGCCCAGCGCCCUUGCGACCUCUGCCGCGCGCGCAAGGCGCUCUGCAACAUCCCGGAUCCGAGCAGGCCUUGUCAGCUGUGCGACCGCACCGGACGGCCGUGCACGUUCCUCGCCGGGACAAAGAGCAGGCCGACGCGCUGCAGCCCGGGUCGCAGCUCUGCCGACGACGGCGCGGCAGACAGUCUUGCGGAUCAAACGCCGUUGACGGCUUCAUCAUUCUCGCGCAAUGAUGCACGGGGCGACUUGGUGGUGGACAACCCUACCAGUCUUUCACCUGCGUUUGGUGGUCACCCGCUCGGGAUGGAUGAGAUGUUGCCGACACAGUGGUCCCCGGAUCUGGAGCAGCUGGGGCAGGCUGAGGCCUUCAUGCAAGACAUUCCCAACUUUUGGUCCAUCCCAUACGGCGACGCUUCUGUCAUGGGAACGGCGGACUCUGCUGUUGAACCCAACAGCGGAAACGAGGAGGCCCUGUCACGCCCCCAAGUCCAGGCCACUCUCAACAGGCAUGAUCGGUCGACAUCCUUCAUCGGCUACUCCAAUGAAUCCGAUCCGUUCUUGCUGGAGCACUACCCCUACAACGCGGCAGACGAGCUGGACUUUUUCAUGGUCACGUAUCGCCGGCCAUCGUCUCAACCCGUGUCGGCCGGCCACCCGCCAAUCCAUUUUCUCCAGUCAAAGCCUCAAGCAGUGCUGCAAAACCAGGAAGCAAUGACGGGCUGCCUGGCGCUCAAGAAUGAACGCGACCUUCUCAAUGAAAUUGUCAGUGUCGAAAUGGGUGUAGCAUUGUUGCGACUCUACCUCCGGUUCAUAUUCCAGAACCUCCCCAUUAUAUCAAGAACAGAGCUACUAAAAGACGAAGAGGAAUUCAUCAAAUCCACCUCCCCCGGCGUCCUGGCCGGCAUGUAUGCCCUCGCCCUGCCCUUCACCUCCUGGGACGAGCAGUUCUGCCUCGACAGCGCCUACUCCAAGCCCGACGUCAACCGCCUCUGGCAAGUCUCUUACUCUUGCCUACAGCGCGAGCUGCACUUCCCCUCCCUCUCCACCGUGCAGAUCAGCCUCCUGCUGCUCAACACCACCACCUUUGACCCCGUCGCCGUCGAGACCCCGUUCGCCUGGUCGCUCGCGUGCUCCGCGCUGGCCGUCGCGCAGUCGCUCGGCCUGCACGUCGACCCGGGCCCGUGGAGGGGCCUCCCCGCGGCCGAGGCCCGGCUGCGCCGCCGGCUCUGGUGGACGGUCGUCGCGGAGCACGGCUGGCGCGCGGUCACGCACGGGAGGGCGUCGAUGCUGCGCGAGGACGACUGCAACGUCACGCCGAUAUCGCACGCCGACUUUGCGGGCGUGGAGGACGCUCACGGCGCCGCGGAUUACUUUAUUCACUUCUGCGCGCUGACGGACAUUGUCAGCGAGAUAUGUCGCAGUUUCUUCACGCUGAGGACAGUCUCUAAAGUUCAAGAUCUCAAGGACAUCAUGGACCGGGCACGGCCUCUACAGCGCGCCCUGCACCGCUGGCUCGAGUCUCUGCCGCCGUCCCUCUCCCUGGACCAGCCGGCCUCCGACGCAACCAACUCCGAUGUCCCCGACAGCCGCGCCUCUCUGCACGUCGCCUACUUCACCGCGCGCGUGCUGCUCCUCCGCGCGCUCCUGCGCCCCAUCGUCCGCCCUCGCCUGCCGGACGACCACGACGACGACUCCGCCGUUCACGAGGUCCUCCAAGAAUCCCGCGACUUCAUGCGGGCGCUCAUCGCGGUGGUGCGCGGCCUGGACCUCCGGUACACGGCCGCCUUUUGGCCCGCCUAUGCGCGGCACUGCCUGUGCUACCCGGGGCUGUUCUGCUACAUGCUCUGCUUUCAGAGGCGGUCACCGCGGGAUCGGGCGGGCGACGAGGAGCUGUUUGCGAGGUGGCGCGGCGUGCUGCGGGCGAGGGUCGGGGCGUGGCCGCUUCUGCGGUUCGCGGUCGUCAAGGUGGAUGCAGUCUUUUGGAAGAAGAUGGAGCAUACGAGGGAAAAGCGGCAGUGGUCUGGCUAG